AAUACAUGUAUUCAAAAAUGGCGCGACUAAGAAGACAAAAGAAGAUCAAUAGGAAUAUAAACAAUGAGAUUUAUUUUCAACAGUUUAUCGAAGAUUGUUGUACCGGUAUCACGUGUCAUUUAGAAAGUUAUUGUUUUAAGAUUUAUAGACAAGAGAAUCCGGAAAUGCGGUCAGUGAUAUAAAAUCGAAGAGUCUAGUACAUGCAAGUUACAAUAUUUAUUCAUCAAUAUGGCGGACGGCGAUUUACUCGUUAAUAUUUCGGGCGCUGCUCUUUCUUUAUUACUUUACGAAAAUGUACGCAACGUCGGAGAUCAGAUGGGUUUUCUACUCGGUGAAAUAGUUGAGUAUAUUGUUAAAAAGUUCACGGAUUCUGACAAUCAGGUGGAUAUUAAAAGACAUAUUAAUAUUGAAACUGUUGUGACAUGCUCUAUGCCAGAUAUUUUGCAUGAUUCGACCGGUAGAAUCGAUAAAGAGAAGUUGAGAGAUUUCUUGUCUUAUAAAAGCAAACAAGUUAUUGGAUGGUUUAGAUUUAGACACAACUCUUGCUUGGUACCUACUUUAAGGGAUAAACUUUUGCACAAACAGUUUGCUUCGCAUUUCUCUAGUAGUCAUGGUUAUAAAGAGGAUUUCUUUGUCACGUGUCUGUUGUCUUCUUCCGUGUCAAAUUCAAACGGAACUCAUAAAUUUAGACACGUUCUUUUAAGACGUAGAAGAGGGACAUUCGAACCAAUAUCCAUGAAGAUAAGUAGUUUAAGGGAUGGCGAACCUUCGCUUAAUGGUUCAGAUUAUAAACGUACUCCUCAAACGAGAUCGAUAGCAGAGAUCGAUACAUUUACUAAAAUAAUACAAUCGCUCAAAUUAAAUCUUACACAAAUUUCUGGCAUUGAAUCUGCAACUAUUAUAGAAAAAGAAGCUGAAAAAUACUUAAAUACGUUAAUUCCGAAAGUUUCCGAAUCCGAUCGUGAAGUUUUUGAAUUGGAAAGGCAAAUAGGAGAACUCAGGAAUAAAAUACGUUUGCAGAAUAUAGCCAAGACAAAAGUUAAUGGCAAUUCAGAUGCGACUAAGUUGAAUUACGAAGUUGACAAAAAUAGCAGUUACGAAGAGAACAAUUUAUCACCAGAAAAAGUAGAUGCUCCUAGUAAAAUCCACGAAGAUGACCAACUAUACAAGUACCAUUCUUUAACAGAUGAAUCAAGUGACAACCGACCAAGUAGUACAGGAACUGUUCAUACAGAAAGUGUGUCCAAGGAAAAGCUGAAAAUAGGGUUAAAUACAGACACGCAGAACAGUCAAACUCGUGAUCCAUUUACUGUAAGCACAGCUUCGAAUGCAAAGUUAGAUAUGGUUGGAAGCACAUUAAAAAGAAACAAAUGCUCGACUAAUAUGAUUUCUGAGAUCUCGAGACAACCAAUAACUAUGGGAGAACAGAUUGAAAGUGGUGUCGGUAGAGGUAGUCCAAAAUAUGGACAAGAUAUUAACGCUGUUCUAAAGGCUAGACGAGGAUUAGUAUUACGACAUAACAGUGAAAGAAAUAUAGGAGAAUCCUCAGAACAAUCUUCAAUAAAAAAUACUAUUCAAAACCAGCAACCUCCUAUUUACGAAGAAACUUCAAAAAGAAAUAUCGACAAGCGUAAUUUUUCAGAUGUGUCAGAUACUCAUUGAACUAAACACAAUCCUAUGGAGUUCAAUCAUUCCAAGGAUUGUAUAAUCCUUAGCUUUCUUUGAGAGCUUUAUGAGAAUACUUAAAAUUGUUCCAAAGCGUUUUACGCGAAUAAAGUAUGACCAUAUUCUUAGAACUACUUUAUGCUCCACAAGAUGCGUUGUAAAUAUUUCUUACGCUGAAAUAUAAUAAUUUUGAAACU